AUGUCAGCGAACCGCACCGUGUACUUUGUGUUUUCUCGGCUUCAAUGCAUCUUCAACACCCGGACUGCUCACACCACCGCAGGCGGCUGCAGAGUGAUUUCUGGUUCUAGGCUGUUGCUCCAGCACUCGCUGCCUGGUUCCGCGGCUUGCUGCAGAAAUGUUUCCUCUAAAAGCGUCCCCCCCAAGGCUCCGGACACCUCGCUGUUUGUCCCCGUCUCGCUGAAGACAGACAACCCGGCUGAUGGGACCGUGGGAGCAGAACUGACGCAACCGCUGGACAAAAAUGAGCUGCUGAAAGUCUUGAACAAGUUUUACAAAAGAAAAGAGAUGCAAAAGUUGGCAGCAGACCACGGCCUGGAUGCUCGUCUGUUCCACCAAGCCUUCAUCAGCUUCAGGAAGUACGUUCUGGAGAUGACGGCCCUCCCUGCUGAUCUGCACAUCAUCCUCAGCGACAUCUGCUGCAACGCAGGUCAUAUCGAUGACAUCUACCCAUACUUUAUGCGUCAUGCCAAACAAAUCUUCCCCAUGCUGGACUGCAUGGAUGACCUGAGAAAGAUAUCCGACCUCAGAGUCCCAGCAAACUGGUACCCUGAGGCCCGAGCCAUCCAGAGGAAGGUGAUCUUUCACUCUGGACCCACUAACAGCGGGAAAACCUACCAUGCCAUCCAGCGCUACCUGGCGGCUAAGUCUGGGGUCUACUGUGGUCCCCUGAAACUUCUCGCCCACGAAAUCUUUGAGAAGAGCAACGGCGCUGGUGUACCGUGUGACCUGGUUACCGGGGAGGAGCGGACUUUCGUAGACCCAGAGGGCCGAGCAGCUGGACAUGUGGCGUGCACCAUCGAGAUGUGCAGCGUCAACACACCCUAUGAGGUGGCUGUAAUCGAUGAAAUUCAGAUGAUCAGAGAUCCCUCCAGAGGCUGGGCGUGGACCAGAGCUCUACUCGGUUUGUGUGCCGAGGAGAUCCACGUGUGUGGAGAAGCAGCAGCUGUGGACUUCAUCCGGGAGUUGAUGUUUACCACCGGAGAGGAGGUGGAGGUCCACACCUACAAACGCCUGACUCCGUUCUCAGUCCUGGAUCACGCUGUGGAGACGUUGGACAACCUGAGACCAGGAGACUGCAUCGUGUGCUUCAGUAAAAACGACAUCUACUCUUUAAACCGACAGAUCGAGGCCAGAGGGCAGGAAUGUGCCGUAAUUUAUGGUAGUUUACCUCCAGGCACUAAACUGUCGCAGGCCAAGAAGUUCAAUGACCCCGACGACCCCUGCAAGAUCCUGGUUGCUACAGAUGCUAUCGGCAUGGGCCUCAACCUGAGUAUAAGACGUAUCAUCUUUAACUCCCUGGUGAAGCCCAACAUUAAUGAGAAAGGAGAGAAGCAGAUGGAGACCAUCAGCACAUCGCAGGCGCUGCAGAUUGCAGGUCGAGCAGGGAGAUUUUCCUCCGUAUUUAAAGAGGGAGAGGUCACGACCAUGCACCGAGACGACCUGCCUGUCCUGAAGGAAAUCCUCAGCCAUUCUGUUGAUCCCAUAGAGACUGCAGGUCUCCAUCCCACUGCAGAGCAGAUAGAAAUGUUUGCCUAUCAGCUCCCUGAUGCUACACUCUCCAACCUUGUAGACAUAUUCGUGAGCCUCUCUCAGGUGGACGGUCUGUAUUUUGUUUGCAACAUCGACGACUUCAAGUUUCUGGCUGACAUGAUUCAACAUAUUCCUCUCAACCUGAGGUCGCGCUACGUCUUCUGCACUGCGCCCAUUAAUAAAAAGCAGCCGUUUGUCUGCACGUCCUUCUUAAAGUUUGCGCGUCAGUUUAGUCGAGACGAGCCUUUGACGUUUGAUUGGGUCCGCCGCCACAUCGGCUGGCCUCUGGCUGCACCCAGAAACAUCAAGGACCUGGUCCACCUAGAAGCUGUGCAUGACGUUCUGGAUCUGUACCUCUGGUUAAGCUACCGUUUCAUGGAUAUGUUUCCAGACACGGCCGCCAUCCGGGGAAUCCAGCAGGAACUGGACAACAUCAUCCAGCAGGGCGUCCGAAACAUCACCCGUCUGAUCCGAGCCAGUGACCCGAACCUCAGCGACCCGCCGGAGCAAAACGCUGCAGCUGCUGCCGGCAGCAGAAGCAGAAGCAGAGGUCAGAGAAGCUCGACAGGGACGAUGGAGAAAUCUCUGGCGAGCCGCCUGGUGAAAGACGGACUGUUGACUCCUGAUCUGCUCAAACAGCUGCAGAGGGAGUGGUCGAAGAGCCUGAGGCAGGAAGGCGGGGGUCAAAGUUUACUCGGUGAAGAGCUUAAUAACAAGAGCAUCAAAGGGAAAAGAAAGAACAAGAAAUAAAAGACUCAGAACUGUUAAAAGUUAGCGGUUGCUAAUCAUGAAUUACUGCUAAUGGAGAUGAAAAUAUGGCAGUUCCAAGUUUUUUUUCCAAGAAAAAUACCUGCAAAACCAGACUUCAUUCCCAGAUUAAUUUGUUCUUUAUUUCCUUCUUUCUUUCCGUACUUUAUUUUCUUCUAUCUGUCGUUGAUAGAACUUUUCGUUCAUUUCCGUCUUUCCUUUCAUGUCGUCCUUUCAUUUUGUUUCUUUGUGUCAUUUGGACUUGCACUGCAAAAACAUACUAGAUGAAGUAUUUUGGUCUAGUUUCCAGUGCAAAUAUCUCAGUAGACUUGAAAAAAGACAAAACUAACUUACAAGUGACUUUUCAGCAAGAAAUAGAGGCUUGUUUUAAGUAAAUAAUUCCUUAUUAUUGAUGAAAAAGUUUUAGUUUCAUUGGCAGAUUAUUUGACAAGAAAUUUUUCCUUGUUAUAUGUUAUCUGCCAACAGAUAUGUAUUUAUUUUUAUAAAGCCUCUAUAUCUUGCUGAAAACAUACUUUUAAGUUAGUUUGUCUUAUUUUAAGUGUGCUCAGUCAUUAGCUUUAGAAACUAGACAAAAGAUACUUGGUUAGAUUUUGUUUUUGAAGUGCAAGUAGAACUGGGAAUUCUGGGAAGUUGAGUCUGGAAAACGCUGGGAUUUAUACAUUAACGAUAUGUGGGAACUCUGAAUCAGGACUGACUGUGGAUGGACACAACAGCAGGUUUUGCUUCUGGACAUUUGUACCGGGUCAAGAGUCGUGGAUAUUUAUGGGCUGUUGAAUAUUUCCACAGUAUUUGUUCGCUUAAUAUUCGCUACAAAUGGGUGAACUCAAAUAACUCCUGUUAACUCCCAGCUGCUGAGUUAAUUUUGCAACCUGAAUACCCUAAAAUCCCAGAAAACAAACUUUCCUGUGUAGCUAAGGAAGGAUUUUGUUGGAAAGCGAGAAAUCAGUGGCAUAAAAGUUGUUACCUUUGAUAUGUGAAUUUCCCCGUUUGGUUUAUUCAUCACUGCAGAUUGGUUUGAGCUAAAAUAAUGAGACUUUGUUUCAUUGUAAAGGUGAAAUUCAGUAUUUUUCAUGUCUGUACAUAUAAGCAGAUAUUUGCCAAUAAAAAUAUUUUUAAAAUA